AUCUGCAAAGACAGGCUGUGUUCCUUUUUCUGAGGUGUUCUUUUAGUUUGAUUAACUCAAAUGGAGGCACUAACAGAAAAUGUGCUUGUGCAAGUUGGAAUUUAUGCUUGGACUAUGACUCAAAUGCAGAGUUGCAGUGUUGUGGAAGAAAGGAAGGACUGUUGGAGCUUAAUAACUGGCUUCAAGGACGUCUUCCAACUGAUAUGUUAGUGGACCAUGAAAUGUAUUUUGAAAAAUGUGCAGACUUUGCCAAAUCCUUCCUCCAACUAUAUAUCAAAGAGGAUGAUGUAUUAUUCAGAGUGCUCUUGCAAUUGCUUUGUGUACCUUGUCCUGCAGAGAAACAGUUUGAAGAGGAAAGGGGAUCAUUUCAGGAUUCAAAGGGCAAUGUGCUUUUCUUUGUCUCAGAUCUUUUCAAUCCUGUACUCUUAUUCCAUCUAUUUCUUGUAGAGUUAAGCUAUGACCAUCAGGUGCUUCUUGAUUACCUUAUUUCAAAAGAUACUGGAAUCAGUUGUGCAGAAUAUCUUUUAAGGUGCUUGCGUAAAGUGUGUGAUUCAUGGAGCUUAUUUGUGGAAUUUCCACCGAGAUGCUCAAUUGUGUAGAAGAUGCUUAGAUUUGUUAAUAUUGCUUACAUGAGAUGCUCAAUUGUAUUUCCCUAAGCUCGG